AUGGCUAACGCAGAUGAAGUUUCAGCUCUUAAAAGCAUCAAACUGCAUCUUCUAGGUGAAUUUUCACCACUUCCAUCUCCAGUUUCACAACCUUGGAGCUUUGAUUUUGAUUUUCAAUUUCAAACCAAUCAAUCAACUUCUGAUUCUUCAAUCUCUUUGGAUCAUUAUUUCACUGAACUUUUCGAAUUUGAUUCCAAACCCCAAAUAAUCGAACCGGAAAGCCCCGAAGCCCUAACAUCUCAUGCUCAACGAACCGUAGAGACGAAACCACAACUGAAGCGAAAACCGUCGCUGGAAAUCGCUCUCCCGAAUAAAACCGAGUGGAUCCAAUUCAGAAAACCGGAUCCGAAACCGGAAGCGGUUGUACAGAAGCCGGAAGUCGCUGAGAAACAGCACUACAGAGGAGUUAGACAGAGACCGUGGGGAAAAUUCGCCGCCGAGAUCCGAGACCCUAACAAACGCGGCUCAAGGCUUUGGCUUGGAACUUUUGAAACGGCUAUCGAAGCCGCUAAAGCCUACGAUCGAGCAGCUUUCAGGUUGCGCGGCUCUAAAGCGAUUCUCAACUUUCCACUAGAAGUCAACGCCAUGGUGGCGGCGGAGAACUCCGGCGAGAACAAAAAACGGUGCCGUGAAGAGGAAGAGGAAGAUGUGGUGGAGGUGAAACCGGUGGUGAAAAAGGAGAAAACAAUUGAAUUCGAUGUGAACUGUUUUAAAGAGAUGCCGUUAACGCCGUCUGCGUGGACUGAAUUUUGGGACGUUGAUAUUAAGGGGAUGUUCGGUGUUCCACAGUUGUCGCCGUUAUCUUCCUUUUGUUUUUCACCUCUUGUGGUUGUGUGA